ACUGUAUCGCUUGGUGCCAUACGAAAAUGGCCAGCGAGGGGAUUGUGGUACAACCCGACGCUCUCCUCGACGCCUUAAAAGACUUCGUUAAAAUCGGACGAGGUUUACUCGAGAACAUCCAGAACGAGUACAGGGAUGCUUCUCUACAUGAUUUCAUCUCUUCAAAGAAAAUGGAGUCCUUGUUUGGAUUCAUUGGUAUAACUGCGAACUUCUUUAACAGGCUGUCUGUGAAAAAUCGACAUGAAGCUGAAGACCUGUGGAAAAACUCAUUUCACUGCUCAGAGGUGCGCGACCAAGUUGAGGAGCUUCUUCAGUUGGAGGUGGAAUGGGAUGCCUUCUUUGAACAUCUGGACACGGAGCUCCAGAUGAGCGACACCGUUCUGUCCAAGCGUCCGUGGGCAGAGAGCGUACCCGCAGAGACGCCCUUGAUAGACGCCCGCAGUGGAGAGGCAGUGACUCUAGGCCAGUAUCUGGGGAAAGGUGAGAACCUGCUUCUGGUUUUGCUGAGACACCUCGCUUGACUGCCAUGACGAGACCACCUAGCCGAGCUGGAAGGUAACCAGAGCCUCCUGGAUGCCCAGUCUGUCAGGGUGCUCAUGGUCUCCUUCGGCUGCCAGGAAGGGGCUCAUUACUGGCUACGGGACACGGGCUGCAAGUACGACAUGGUGUUGGACACACAGAAAGAGAUAUACAGCAUGUUUGGGUUGGGGUCGUCUUACUUGAAAAUACUGAAAUUUUGCAACUUAUUGAAGUAUGCGGAGUAUACCGUGCUGAAGCGAACGUUUCCUCAAGUAGAUCCAAGUAUCAUAGAUGACAUCUAUCAGCUUGGUGGUGAUUUUGUCCUGAAUGAGACUGGGAGGGUGGUCUACGCUCACCCCUGCAGAAGCCCAGUGGACCGGCCCAGUUUGGCAGAGAUCCUGGCUGUGGUUAAUCAGGGGGGUACAUCGACCACCCGCUAAUUCGCGGCCCCUUACUGGCACAGUGCUGGCCUGUAAACAGGAAGAUCACCCCCCCCCCUCCCAGCCUGUGAGAAUGAAGGCGUGGCUCACAGUCACACGUCAUGAUGAACCGCGCUGGAGAAUCCAACACAGGCUGGAGGGACUGGUCCUCCUGCGUGACCCUCAGCACUGUCCGCUCUCUCUUCUCCGCACAAGCGUUUACCAUGAUUUCACCACAAUAGGGCACUCAACAUUAUUAUUAAUUAUUAAUCUUCAGACAUAAUAUGAAUCAUGCUUUAAUGUCAGAGUUGGAGGUAAUGGUGCUAAAAUUUUAUUAUGAAUUAUUUAUGAAAUAAUAAUGUUAAUUUAGGUUAAACAUGAACAGAUCAGUGAAUUCGUUAUUACAUAAAAUGUAAUAUUCUUAAUUAUCUACUUUCCUAAAUGAAGACAGGUUUCUCUAUAAGGAAACAACAUACUUAAAGUAGGUGGAAACUGUGAAUCGAAGAUUCUUUGAAAUAAAACCUUCAUGUCACCCAC